AUGACAUCUCAAUUUGGAAGGAUAAUGCUUGAAAAUCAAUCCAAAAAACCUGUAGCUAAAUCAAAUUUAACACAUCGAUACUUUCCUCCUCUAAUACCUUCCCAAUCCCAAUAUGCAUCUCCUGAUUCAGAUGAUAAUGAGGAUAGUGAAGAUGAAUAUAAUGAGGAAGAGAAUAGAUGGCAUGCUCCAUUUCAUGCAAGUGAAUUUGGGGGAGUAAAUGAUGCAACAAUUAAUGCUCUGGAGUGGAAAGCUGAUAAACCUUCUGACUUUGCUAUAAAGAGCAAUUCCAAACAUAUAUCUGAAUCAUUAGGAUGA